UAUAAUUUUUAGUUGUUGUUUAGUGUGUCUAAUAAUUAUCAAAAUUAUUCAAUAAUUUUAUUUAUAUAAAUUAAUAACUAAUUGUUUACAAUUAAUACUAAAAUAUCUAUAUUUAUGUACAGAUAUUAAACACAAAUCAAUUAGUUUACAUUAAUGUUUAAAUAAUAUAUAAUUGUAUGGGAAUUUUAUCUUUAUGAAAAAUAUCAUUUAUUUAAUUAUUAAUUAAUUAAAAUAUAGUAUUUUAUACAAAAUAAACAAAAUUCGUUUUUAUAUUGAAAACACACAAAAAUUGGUUUUUGGCUUUUCUUCUUCAUAAAUUGGUUGAAAUUCUGAAAAACUAAUUUCCUUAAAUUUUAAGAAAUCCAUUUAUUAAAGGGGAAAUUUUACUUAUACACUUUAUUUGAUACCAUUAUUCAACUUUACCACCAACCAAAAGACAUUUUCAUAAAUAUCACAUUCAUUAGUGUGUAAAAGACUAAAUUAUCCUACCCUAAUCUUUUUCUCCAUUGCGUUUUUUCUUUCUCUGUCGAGACCCAUCGCCCCUCUCCGUCGAAAUCAGUCUCUUUCCGUCGAGAUCCAUCUCUCUCCGUCGAGAUCCAUCUCUCUCCGUCGAGAUCCAUCUCUCUCCGUCGAGAUCCAUCUCUCUCCGUCGAGAUCCAUCUCUCUCCGUCGAGAUCCGUCGUCUAUCUCCGUUGAGAUCCGUCGUCCUUCUCCGUUGAGAUUUAUCGUCAAAACCUCUGGCAUCAGAUCAUCUUUGAUCACUUCACAUGUUUGAGGAGAUUGUAGAAUCUGGGUUUUUACCAUUCAAGUCUAUUUCAGGUUUAUGGAUUACGAUUUGUUGCAAUAUUGAGAUUCAGAAUAUUCAUCAAUCUGAAGAGGGUAAAUGUUUGAUUAGAGAUGAGUAUGCAAUAUGAUUUUGUGUUUUGAAAUUUUAUGAAUUGGGUUUACGAGUUUAUUAAAGACUCUGAAUAUUGAGACUUUAGCACUGAAAUCAUUUAUAAGGAUUUAUUAGAUAAUUUAUAAGGGUUUGUAAAAUUCAAUUGUUAUUUAGAGUCGAAGCUUAGUAUAGGUACUAGUCAAGAGAGAAAUGACAUAGUGAUAGUGGUUGCUAGAGAAUUGUAUUGUCAAGAUUCUCUUGCUAUAAUAGUGAACCGGUAAUUUCCAUUCUCUUUUCAAAAAGCGAAGCUUUUGGAUAUUAUCUUAAUAUGCCUCUCUUUACGGGUGGUUUCAAAAAGGUCACAUUUGUCUGUACAUUUUCAUGGCAGUUUAUAUCAAUUGAGAAGAGACUACUGACUCAUAAGGAUUCGCAUUGCAAUGUAAUGCCAAAAGUUUGAUCUUUUGUAAUGAAACUUGAUAGAUUCUUUGUUACCAAGUGUACUUUAGAUAUGAACUCUGUUAUUGUGCAGUCUUCAGAAGAUUUGAAGAAGGAGAUUGCUUCAAUUGAGUUUGAGAUUCUGCGUAUAGAACAAUAUUUUCUCUCUUUUUACAUGGCAUCUUUUGAUGAACAAGUUACUUCAUUCUCUCCACACACUGAAACAAGCUUAGUCUCACAAUCAGACCUUACUGGUGUGCUCAGCUACCAUUAUCAAGCAUCUCUUGUGUCUGAACGUUCCUCUUCAUGUCCUUGGAGUUUCCAAGCCAGCAUAAAAGCCUUUUUUACAAAUGAGAAUACAAGAUAUGUUUAUGGUCAUCACACUACCCUUAAAGAUCUUCUAGGCUCAUCUCACAUCGUAGAUGACAUGGAAAACCCGAGUAGGUUCUCUGAAGAAAUCUUGAGAUGCAUAUCUUCAAUGUAUGUCACACUCUCCGGCAGAGCAAGAACCAGUUCUUGUCUUCAGGCUUCACCUUCAUCCAAAACCAGAUUUGAUAGCUGGAACCCAUGCCUUGGGGAUAGCAAAGAAGCAAACGCUCCACGUGGUGUUGUAAUAGAAUUUCUGAAACUUCACCUGGAUGAUAGUUGUUUCAAUAUUUACGAACUCUUAUAAAUAAUUUGUAAGUUUUUAUAAUUUUUAUAGCUAAUUUAUAAAUCUUUAUAAAAGAAGUUAUAAACUCUUAGAAAUUGGUUUAUGAAACCGGAUAAAUGACUUAUAAGCUUUUCUAAAUCA